AUGUUUGUUACAGAGCAAUGUUUUACAAGUCGGUGCGACACGGAGAAGGGGAUCAUUUUAGAUGAUGGGAACAUGGGACGGAGCUCCGACUUCAGCUGGCUUGGAUUAUUCAUAGUUUACUUGAAAGAUAUCGAUGAGGUUGAAGAAGUUGUUACUGGAAUCGUACUCAUUAAACACAAAUAUGCGCUCGCCAAUGCAGACGAUAUUGCCAAGAUACCGAAGCAGGUAUUUUUAGAGCAAAGUCAAGCGAUGUUUAUUACGGAGGGCGACGUGGCGGUGUACUGCCGGCCGGUCUCCUACGUCACUCACCCCGAGUACAAAACUGCUGUAUACAGCAGCAUUGCUGUCAUCAAACUCGCUAUUCCGGAUGAUAGUCCAUUGAUGCCCAUAUGCUUCCCGGACAUUUCGUACGACUCUGAUCAUCUUUACCUCUUCGGAUAUACAGAUGACAACUUAAACAAUAUCUGGGAAAAAGUAAUUUACAAAAUUCGGUCGGUGGACACAAACCGUUGCGACGAGUUCUAUGAAAAAGAAGGAUUGGUAGACAGGCAGCACGUGCCCGAGUCGUAUGUCUGCGGGCGACAUCAGUACAGCAAUGCGUCUUGCAUCUGGGACAACGGCAUGGUACUGGCUUCCAACACCACUGGCUGGUUCACAUUUAUUGGAUUCAGUGUGCAUGGUCCGGGGUGCAGUGUGCCUGCUCGUUUUAUAUUCAUGCUGCACUACUUUUCCUGGAUCCACUCGGUGACACCUGAAAGUGCAAGGCGAGCCAAUGAUGAUGACGAUGAAGUGCCAUUGCACAGUUUCAAAACAAUAUAUGUCACUCGCCCGAAGUAUUCGACACCAUCAUUCUUCAUUAAACACAGUUAUAUAAGGUGGCCUAACUAUAAAAAACAAUCAUCAUCCUCAUCACCAAAUCAGAUACAAAUGAAAUAUUUCAACCUAGCACCUUCCUACGACGACCCAAACGCAAUCGCUAUAUAUCCGUUCGACACGACGCAAGAAAUGUAUUGGAAAGCAUGCCAGUCAAGCCGAGCGCUCAUGUAUCGAGAGCGAUUUGAGCUCGAAGCACCCGAAUCAACUGGAGUCGUCGUAUAUAAGGUACUAGCUUUUACCCGCGGCUUCGCUCGCGUCACAAAAGGAUAA